AUGGAUUUGCGGGGUCUGCCUUUCCUUCUGCUCUUUGCUACUCUAGUGGCUUCUGGCUUGUCAACUUCAGAAAAUUUUGAUGUGGAUGCUGGAAUUGACAAGGACAUAUUUGAUAUCAAUGAAGAAUUGGGACUGGAUCUUUUUGAGGGAGACAUCAAACUUGAUGAGAAACAAGAUAGAAAUUCCAUCAUUGGAGAUAAAUAUAGAUGGCCGCAUACCAUUCCCUAUGUUCUAGAAGAUAGCUUGGAAAUGAAUGCUAAGGGACUUAUCCUCCAAGCAUUUGAACGUUAUCGCCUAAAAACCUGCAUUGAUUUCAAGCCUUGGACUGGAGAAGCUAAUUACAUAUCAGUGUUCAAGGGCAGUGGGUGCUGGUCUAAAGUGGGAAACAGGAAAUCUGGGAGGCAAGAACUCUCCAUCGGCACUAACUGCGACAGAAUAGGAACGAUCCAACAUGAGUUCCUCCACGCGCUGGGAUUCUGGCACGAGCAAUCACGUUCUGAUCGGGACGAUUACGUUGAGAUAGUUUGGGACAGAAUUCAAGAAGGCAAAGAGAGCAACUUUAACACCUAUGAUGACAAAACUUCAGACUUCCUGAAUGUUCCCUAUGAUUAUACUUCGGUAAUGCACUACAGUAAAACUGCAUUCCAAAAUGGAUCAGAACCAACAAUUGUAACAAGAAUCUCAGACUUCAUGGAUGUGAUUGGACAGCGAAUGGAUUUUAGCGACUCUGAUCUCUUGAAGUUGAAUCGACUGUAUAACUGCUCCUCUUCCUUGAGCUUUAUGGAUUCAUGCGAUUUUGAACUGGAGAACGUGUGUGGUAUGAUUCAAAGUUCAGAUGAUAAUGCUGACUGGAAGCGUGUUUCACAGGUUGCCUCCGGGCCAGAGAGCGAUUAUUCCAACAUGGGCAAGUGCAAAGGUUCUGGUUUCUUCAUGCAUUUCAACAGCAGCUCCGUGGCUGUGGGGGGAAAAGCAAUGCUGGAAAGUAGAACACUGUACCCUAAAAGAGGAUUUCAGUGCUUGCAAUUUUAUUUGUAUAAUAGUGGAAGUACAAGCAACCAACUGAAUAUCUACAUCAGGGAGUAUACUGCAGCCCAUGUGAACGGUAGUCUAAGUCUUGUCAAAGAAAUCAAAGAUAUUCCCAUGACGACCUGGCAACUUUACCACGUAUCUUUGAAUGUGGCCAAUAAAUUCAGAGUGGUGUUCGAAGGGGUCAGUGGUGCUAGUCCAUCAGAGGGUGGCCUGUCUAUUGAUGACAUCAACCUUUCAGAGACUCAGUGCCCUCAUCAUAUCUGGCAAAUAAGGAAUUUCACACACUACCUUGACAACAAAACUGAAACUCUAUAUAGUCCUCCAUUUUAUUCUUCUAACGGUUAUGCCUAUCAGAUUAGCUUGGAUCUAAGCCAUGCCACUAAUGCAGGAAUAUAUUUCCACUUGAUCUCUGGCCACAAUGAUGAUCAAUUACAGUGGCCAUGUCCUUGGCUACAAACCACGAUGACACUCUUGGAUCAAAAUCCUGACAUUCGCCGCCGUAUGUCCAACCUGCGGAGUGUAACUACAGACCCCCUGAAGAUGGACGGUAAUAACUAUUAUUGGGACAGACCUUCCAAAGUGGGAGUAGAUGCUGUUUUCCCAAAUGGAACACAUUUUAAGAGGAGUCGGGGCUUUGGAACCUCUGCCUUUAUAACCUUUGAGAGACUGAAAAGCAGAGAUUAUAUCAAAGGAAAUGAUGUUUAUUUCCUACUGACAGCCGAAGACAUAUCCUUCCUCAAUUCUACAAGCCCCCAGCCAAACCCAAAACCAACCCCUGAUAAUAUCCUCUGUGAAAACUUUGGGUGUCAGAAUGAUGGUGUCUGUACUAUCCAGGAUAACAAAGCUGUAUGCAGGUGCCCGGCGGGGAAUGACUGGUGGUACAUGGGAGAAAGGUGUGAAAAGAGGGGUUCAACUCAUGACAACAUUGUCAUUACCGUUUCCUCCACUGUCACUGUGUUUGCCGUCAUGCUGAUUAUCACCAUUGUCAGCGUCUAUUGCACCAAGAGGAAAUACCACAAAAAGGAGGAGUCUUUUUGAAGUGAUGUUAACUCAACAAUAAGUCCAGCAAUGAAACUUGAAAAGCUUUUUUCAUCAUGGAUUUUUACCUGAAAUGAAUGACAG